CUGAAACAGGACUCAACAUCAGUUCAGAAAAUAUCGGAGAGUCAUGGGGUCGGUCGAAAGAUCAAGGAAGAAGGUCCAGUUGUGGAAGAAAGCAAUUGUCCAUUUUAUGUUAUGUUUUGUAAUGGGAUUCUUCACCGGCUUUGCUCCAACGGGCAAGUCUUCAAUAUUUUCUAGUCGCGUUUCAGUCUCGAACAGAUCAGAUUUUUCUCCACAACCCUUGGAAGUGCUUCAAUAUCAAUCAAAAUUCCAAAGUUAUAAUAGAAGUCUGUUGGAUGGAAGUCCUGCUGCAGUGCCAGAGGCAACGUCGAAAUCUGAUCGCGACGCGUAUGAUGACCAUCAUCCUCCAAAAAUAUCGAAGGAGGAAGAAAAUGAAGGAGACUUAAUCCCAAGAAAGCUCGUGAUUAUCGUAACUCCAACGAGCAUGAAAGAUACGCGCCGAGGGGUGCUGCUCAGGAGGCUUGCAAACACGUUAAGAUUGGUUCCUCAGCCGCUGCUAUGGGUGGUUGUGGAGCAGCAGUCUGACUCCGAUGAAGCGUCGGAGAUUCUCAGAAAGACGGGCAUCAUGUACAGGCAUUUGGUUUUCAAGGAGAACUUUACUGAUAUGCGAGCCGAAAUGGAUCAUCAAAUAAAUGUUGCACUCAGUCAUAUCGAGCACCACAGACUAAGUGGCAUAGUUCAUUUUGCAGGGCUCUCCAACGUGUAUGAUCUCAGUUUCUUCGACGAGAUCAGAGCCAUUGAGGCAUUUGGGACGUGGCCUAUGGCGUUCUUAUCAGCAAAUAGAAAGAAGGUUAAUAUAGAAGGACCUGUAUGCGAAUCAUCAGAAGUCAUGGGCUGGCAUCUGAAGAACUCGAGCAAUCUGUCAACAGAUACGAUGAAACCCGCAAUGCACGUCUCAGGCUUUGCAUUCAACAGCUCAGUUUUAUGGGAUCCAGAGAGAUGGGGUCGUACUUCAUCUGCCCAAGACACCUCUCAGGAUUCACUAAAAUUCGUGAAGAAAGAAGUUCUUGAAGAGGAGACGCAAUUGAAAGGAAUUCCAUCAGAUGAUUGCUCCAAAGUAUUACUGUGGAAUCUCGACAUUUCACAUUCCAGCGUAAAAAAGAUGGUUACCGAUAAACGAUAAUCUGGUUGAUGUUAGUCCAAAAGCAAAUACUAGGAUUGCCCAUAUUUGGCAAAAUGUACAAGGGAAUAUCAAAGUGGAGGAACAAAAAUUUUGUCACUCGAUUUUUUUUUAUAUGUUUCUUAUAAUUCUACAACUUUUUGGCUAAUCAAUUGUUAAGCUAUUGUAAAGGAAAUAUCAUUGAACAAAUGACCAGAGUUGGGAAUCUUCAA